AGCAUUAAUGACGUUUGGUACGUCAAAUAACGUGCGUAUCGAAGUUUGUCCCACAAAUACUUACUAGUAGUUCGUAGAGAAGUGUGGUGAGUUUUACAGAGGGAAUGUCAAGCGGAGAAACGCUGAUCAGCGAAGCAGACGGGAACGGCGGAAUUAUGGCUCAACAGAAGAACCUGGAGGGCUACGUGGGAUUCGCAAAUCUUCCCAAUCAAGUUUAUAGAAAAUCAGUGAAGAGAGGUUUCGAGUUCACACUUAUGGUCGUGGGAGAAUCCGGGCUGGGGAAGUCAACCUUGAUUAAUUCGCUCUUCCUCACAGACCUGUACUCCUCUGAAUAUCCAGGUCCUUCUCAUAGAAUAAAAAAAACUGUACAGGUGGAGCAGUCGAAGGUUCUGAUAAAAGAAGGAGGAGUGCAGCUCCUGCUAACCAUCGUCGACACCCCUGGCUUCGGAGAUGCUGUGGACAACAGUAACUGCUGGCAGCCCGUCAUCGACUACAUCGAUAACAAGUUUGAGGAUUACCUCAACGCAGAGUCGCGGGUCAACAGGCGGCUGAUGCCGGACAGCAGAGUCCACUGCUGUCUCUAUUUCAUAGCUCCAUCGGGACACGGACUCAAACCUCUGGAUUCUGAGUUCAUGAAACGGUUACAUGAAAAGGUGAACAUCAUCCCUCUCAUCGCCAAAGCCGACACAAUGACUCCUGAGGAGUGUCAGCAAUUCAAGAAACAAAUCAUGAAAGAAAUCCAGGAGCAUAAAAUUAAAAUCUACGAGUUCCCUGAGACGGACGAUGAGGAAGAGAUGAAGAUAGUCAGGAAAAUCAAGGAUCGUUUACCCUUGGCUGUUGUCGGUAGCAACACAAUCAUUGAGGUCAACGGAAAGCGAGUUCGUGGGAGGCAGUACCCCUGGGGUGUAGCUGAAGUGGAAAAUGGGGAUCAUUGUGAUUUUACGAUCCUCCGUAACAUGUUAAUCAGGACCCACAUGCAGGACCUGAAAGACGUCACAAACAAUGUCCACUACGAGAACUUCCGCAGCAGGAAGCUGGCUGCCGUCACCUACAACGGCGUGGACAACAACAAAAACAAGGGACCGCUAACCAAACCUGACACGGCUGACGGCAUGAGUCCUCUAGCACAGAUGGAGGAGGAGCGCCGGGAACACGUGACCAAGAUGAAGAAGAUGGAGCAAGAAAUGGAGCAGGUGUUUGAGAUGAAGGUGAAGGAGAAGCUCCAGAAGCUCAAGGACUCUGAGGCCGAGCUUCAGAGGAGACAUGAACAGAUGAAGAAGAACCUGGAGGCUCAACACAAAGAACUGGAGGAGAAACGUCGUCAGCACGAGGAGGAGAAGGCCAGCUGGGAGGCCCAGCAGAGGAUUUAUGAGCAGCAGAAGCUCGACGCCUCCAGGACCCUGGAAAAGAACAAGAAGAAGAAGAUAUUUUAAUAACUCUGGAGGACAGCGCCGAUGUUUCAGUGUAUUAUUAUCCGCUAACCUGCCAGCUCCGAUUGUCACAACGUCCGUCAGUCAGCUACACCCACCGUUUGACCAUCUUAAAGCCAGGGGGCAGCACUGUCUACAAGUCGACCUUAAAUAACUCGCCUGCACCGACCCCACGGACAGCCCUCCUUCUGGGUCACAACUGGACUCCAGAGUCCAGCUGCUGUUUCCUGUCUUUCUGUUUUUAGGACCGUUUGAUGCUGCACUCUUCUGUAACCUCAUCCAUUAAUGCCAAAAAACCCAAACAAAGAGGUCAGCAUGAAGCUGAAGCUCAACUCAGGCACCGUUUCCUCCUCCUGAUGGAAACCGUCUAACAAGGAGCUGCAGUGUUUAUCCUCAGUGGUUUGUGAUAUUUUUCUUUGUUUUUUUUAUUGGCCUUGGUAUAUAUAUUGUUUUCCAUUUGAUUUUUGGAGUAUUAUCAGCUUUUUUCUUCCCAGUCCUGCUCUUGGAAACCAAACGUAUUCCUGACUUCACUCAUGCAGAGUGUAACAAAUGAAAAGAACUGAUCAUAGGAUGAUUUGUAUUUUAUUUGACCUUUAUGUGCAGAUUCUGCAGAAACUAUGUAGAAAUGAGCAGGAUGCAGGCAGUCGUGUGUUGGUGGUGGCGGGAAAGCUGGAGCCGACUCGCUUCAGGCAGUUACCAGUGGUUGUACUGCAGCUCUUUGUUUCCUAAUGUCUUGUUUGUAUUGUGCAAAGUCACAUAAUAAAGUUGUAAUGGGAAAAAACUAA